AGCUACUAAUCCAGAAAUCCCGAAGACUGAAAGAAACUCUUUACAAGAAGGAGCCGCUUUCCAUUUCAAAAGAUGGAUUUAUUCAUUUUGGAGACACAGUUCUAUUCAUGAACCUAGACGUCACUAGACUCCCGGAGGAAAAAGCUUUAAUUGUGGGUGGAAAUCUGUCCCUGGCUGUGAAUCCGGAUAUAUCGACUCUGUAUACGGGCGAUAAUUUGUCAGCUCCGUGUGACUUGAGUGCAAUCAAUCAUGUGAACCCCGUGGGGCGGAAUGCAUUUCGGAUUUUAAGCCUGGAAGGAGAAGCCAUGGGGGAACCUGUUAGAUUCGGGCAGAAUUUUGGCCUUGGAACAGCUGGUGGAUUUCAGGAUAAAAUGCUGUUUUUGGCCAGCGACUCUAGAUCAUUUGAGAAUAUGGCCAAGAAAUCUUCUCUCCAGCCCAUCUUCAUGACGGAUGAACUUUCAUACCUGUGUGCCUGGCAAGUUAUUUUCCUGGAUCCACAGUUACGCCUGGAAUAUGAAGGUUUGCCAGUCCCUGCCAAUACAAAAGUUGUCAUUGCCCACAGCCAUACAAAUCAGGCACUCGCAGUUCCUAGGACCUUCUGGAUAAGGACAUACUUUGGAAAAGAGUGCGAAGUCAACUGCCACACCUACCUAGAUUCCCAUAAAGCUGAAGAGACCAAGAACCACUGGAUAAUAGUCACGGGGAAUCCUAGCGACGAGUCGACGACAAUGUUGGACCGACCGAAGCCUCCCUCGGAGGAGACUAGAGCACAAAAGGGAGAACUUGGUGCAAAUUCCUCAGAAUGAAAAGUUAAACUCCCUGCCUUGUGAGUUGCUUUCACGAAA